ACCAACAACUUUGCCACCACGAGUCCAGUUGUAGAGCGCACAGUUUGGUCCGCGGAGCACGUUAUUUCCAACUUCUAAAAUUUCUAGUUCUGAAAGCAAUACGAGAGAUUUAUAAUCUGUUCGUGAUGCAUUCAUCGAAAGGUCGGUGGUUAAUUGUGGUGGGAAUGUUUCUAAUAACGUUCGAGCUGCAAUUUGUUCGGAAUCAGCCUAUUACGCCCGAUUCAAAGCAUCGCCCGUCAUUGGCACACGUCGACCAACCAACGGUUUUACCACCCAUCGACUCCAAAGCGAAGCUGGAUGGCUUCAACCGUGCGCUACACGACCAGCUACAGCAUACCCGUGCCAAUCUACGGCCGCUACAAGCCCGAGCCGCCCAGCUGCAGCAUCAUUUCGAUGCGUUCCAACGUUCUUCUGGGCGCCUUGCUCCGUCCACCGCCACACGCAACGAACUGCUGCGGGAAGCACAAAGGUUACGGGCAGCGGUCGAACGAAAGCUGCAGGGCUUCGGUGCCCUAGAUCAGCACUACCGGAGCAUGCGAACAUUGCUCCAAUCGAGGGCGAAGAAGAAUGGCGGCAAACUCCCGCGUGCCUGGCUCGACCGGGACACCGAACGGCAGAUGGAGCUAAAUGAGCGCAUCUACAAGAACAUCAUCGACCUGCUGGUACACCUGAUCGAGUGUCCGGUGAACAUCAUACACGACGUAAUGGGAUCAUCAUCCGCUUCGACCGCCCCACCUGCUACACCCGCCCCGGAGGACGUGGCAGCGCCGGACGAUGGUGACGAUGGGGACGAACCUGAAGGAAACACACUUUACGACGAACGCGAACCGAUCGAGCUGAACGCUGAUGUCGGUGCGGUACCGUGGUUGGAGGAGUUUCAUUACUAACCCAUCGACCGACCACGAACAGGCAGAUGAAAUCAACGGCAGUGGGAAUAGUUCGGCGGCUGAGGUCAAACCCACAAUGGGUGUGAUGAUUGGUGGUGGAUCAUCUUGGCAUCAGCAAUACAGCACCAGCAUGGCGUUCGGAGGUUUUUGGGAGCAUAUUUUAUCUUCGACAACUAACAAAAAGAGAUAAGCGGUGAAGGAUCUGAGUUGGUGUACUGGAAAAUAAUUGUACAUACAAUGUACGCGAUAAUGUAAAAGUAGAAUGUCGGAUCGAGAAGAUCGGAAGCAAUCAAACAUGUAAAGCAUAAAAUUGUAUUCAUUCCAUUGUAUGUAGCGUACAAGGAAGAUUGCCAACAAUCCAACCUAAUCCAACAGCAACGUUGAACCCCCUUUUUUCGUGGGGAGUUAUCUCGACUGCUCCUCUAAUCGCACUUAAAUAUUUACUAGAUUGCCGAAAUCCCCAUCCACCCGACAGCUCACUUUUCAAUAAGCUUAUGCCCAAAACAUUCCAUAAUCACUCGCUGUUAAAAAAACGUCCAAGAGUUCGGCAUUUCGCCAAAAAGCGACGCUCGUAACUUGCAUCAAAAGCUUGCACUGCUUCAAAGAGGGUUACGGAAUAGUCGUGGCCGGGAAAAAAAAACCGAAAGAAAAUAAACUUCCCAGAAAUUGGGUGAAAUGCAAGCAUAAA